GUCUCCAUUCCAGGACAGCAACGACGGUUGGAGCGCUCUCUCCACCUCUUCCCAUAACUUUAUCCUGCUGCCCAAUUAGUUUCUCCGGGGCAAUCCUCCCGCUGUCAACAUACAUCAUCAUCAUUGCCACCUCAGCAUCACUUGCCAUACGCUCUUCGUUCCCGUGCCGUAUAGAAGUCGGCCCACUGACACUCCUUGUGACUUUACCCUCAUUUUCCCGCCUCUUCCACAGUGUGUCCCAGAUUAACAUUUGUGCAUAACUGCAGCAUUAGCCCAACAGCUUGCAAGCACACGUCCAUCAUGUCGAUUUCGUGGUUGGGUUUGCCAGCGAUUCUAGCGUUCGUGUCCAGUGUUCCGUCGUCCGUAGCUUUGGACAACAGCGUGGGACGCCUUCCAUGUAUGUGUUGCCAUACCUGGAAUGCGUAUUUUUGUAACAUCAACGAAACUCUUGUUUUAGAGUCAGCACAACAUUUGGUGUCUCUGGGCCUCGCCGAUCUAGGUUACGAGUACGUGAACAUAGAUGAUUGCUAUUCCGAGAGGAAUCGAAGCUCGAGUGGAGACAUUCUUGCUAGUGCGGAACGUUUCCCUUCAGGAAUGAGAAAUCUCACAGAUCAAAUCCACGCGCUUGGGCUUAAAACUGGGAUCUAUAGCGACUCUGGAUGGUUUACUUGCCAAUUAUACCCGGGAUCAUACCAGAACGAAGAUAGAGAUGCAAGGCUCUUUCGGCAGGAAUGGGGCUUUGAUCUUCUGAAAUUUGAUAACUGUGCCGUACCUUUUGACGACAUAAUCAGGGAAGGCAUGGUUGGCAAAUUUUCGCGGAUGGCAAACGCAAUUUCCAAUCUUGCGGCUGAGACAGGCGAACUACCGAUGUUGUUCUCCAUAUGCGAAUGGGGUCGACUUCAACCGCAGUUGUGGGCAAGACGAUACGGACAAUCAUGGAGGAUGACAGACGAUAUUGGCGCGAAUUGGGCUUCCAUUGCUAGCAUCAUCAAUUCGAUCUCCCUCCAUUCCUGGGCGUCCGACUUCUAUGGCCACAACGACUUGGAUAUGCUUCAAAUUGGCAACGGCGAUCUCAACUAUGAAGAAUCCAAAGCACAUUUUACUGCUUGGAGUUUUGUCAAGUCGCCGCUCCUCAUCGGGACUGAUCUUUCUUCAAUUUCUGAGCAAACUCUGAGCAUCCUCAAGAAUACUGAAAUCAUCGCUAUCAACCAAGACCCCGUCGUCGGCACUGGGGUGGUACCAUUCAGAUGGGGAAUCAACGCUGACUAUACUUUCGAUCCUGCGCACCCACCUGUGUUUUGGAGCGGAGAAAGCCAGAAUGGAACAGUGUUCAUGCUGAUCAAUUCUUUGGAUGAACCUGCGGACCUCUUCUUCAACUUGACGGAGUCCCCUUGGAUUCGUGCUGGUAGACAGUAUUCCGUUAGGGAUUUAUGGACGCACACUGACAAUGGGACCGCCGUCCGUAACUUCACUGCUAAAGCUGUUCCACCCCACGGAGUCGUAGCUCUUCUAUUGAAGGAUGCAGGUGAUGAGCCGAAAGGACUGCUACCGAAGUGCGCGUUCUACGAGUGGUGGUCGGAUACGUGGUGCAUCGACAAGAAUGGUACAAGAGUGCCGUCUUGACGAGGAGCUGAUGGUAGCAGAUUUGAGCUAGGCGUGUUGGAUCGUUCAAUCAUCUACUGGUCUUUGUUACUUGAAGAUUUAACCGACACUAUCAUUGACAAGGA